AAAAAAAUGAAAAUUUCCGUCGUUGAUGCAAGAACCGGCAAGAAGCAAUUGGCCGAGUUGGAUUUGCAAGCACCAAGCUUGACUGAUUUGAAGAAGGCCUAUCAUCAACAAAAGAGAGUUGAUCCAAGUAGACAAGCUUUUUACUAUGUGGAUGCUACUACUGGUCAAAGAGGAAAGAUGAUCGUUGCUGCUGAAAAUAAUGGACCUGUUGCUGAUUUGAAGGACGGAUCUGUUGUCAUGUUCAAGGAUUUGGGUCCUCAAAUUGCUUGGAGAACCGUCUUUUUGACUGAAUAUUUUGGUCCAAUCUUGACUUUCCCACUUGCCUACUUUUUGGCUCCUUACAUUCACGGAGAACCUGUUCAAUUGAACAAUACUCAAAUGAUCGCCACUGUUCUCUUCAUGGCUCACUUUAUCAAGAGAGAAUUUGAAACUCUCUUUGUUCACGUUUUCGGUACUGAUACCAUGCCAAUUUUCAACAUUUUCAAGAAUAGUAUUUAUUAUUGGGGUUAUGCUUAUCUUGUUGCUCACUUUACUAUCCAUCCAAAGUAUCAAUCACCAUCUGAUCUCCAAGUUUACAUUGGUGCUGCUGGUGUUGUUUUGUCCAUGCUUGGUAACUUUGUUUGUCACAUUAUCUUGAAGAAUUUGAGAAAGCCAGGUGAAAAGGGUAGAAAGAUCCCAAGAGGAUUCCUCUUUGAAUACGUCACUUGUCCAAAUUAUACUUUUGAAAUUUUGGAAUGGAUUUUCUUCUCAAUCAUGAUUCAAUCUCUCCCAUGUUUCUUGUACACUCUCAGUGGUGCUGGUCAAAUGCUUCCAUGGGCUAUUAAGAAGCACGUUGCUUUGAAGAAGUUGUUCGACGGUAAGGACGGUAGAGAACUCUAUCCAAAGAACAGAAAGGUCCUCGUUCCAUUCAUUUUCUAAACUCUGUUAUUUCAAUAAAAUUAUUCUCAAAUUUUGUAA